AGGUCGUGGGUUCGAUCCCGACCCUGACGCCUGCUGCUGUAUAUUUGGAGUUUGAGUCUCUCAUCAUCAUCACGGUGGCUGGGAGCUGUUAACUACCUCGCCUGGUCUACAGAAGUUGGAUCAGCGAUCCCCCCCCUCAUCCCUGGCCUGCAUAAGAGAGCAGCGCUCCUGAGUCCCCGCUUCCCCAUGCUGGGCAGUCCGGCGAUGGGUCGCGGGGGUCUCUUGCCUUCGCCAAACCGGUUCGUCUCUCCGCACGACUCGUUUGAUCGCGGCGGCGGCGGCGGCGGUGCCGGUGCCUUGCCGGUUCACUACCGCGCCGUGGGAAUUCGCCCGCCGCUCAUCAGGGCUCCACCGCUCAUGGGAGUCGUCCCACAGCCUCCCCAGCGCCUCCCGUCCCUGCUGCCGGGACGCAUGGUGCCCGGCGCUCCCAUCUCGAUCCACCCGCUGCUGCCUCGCCUGGGCUUCGGGCGUCCCGGCGCGAUGCCGCCGCCGCCCGUGAAGAGGAAGAUGACGACGCCGCCGGCGGCGGCGCUGGAGAUGGGCGCCCAGGCGAAGCGAGCACGCCCUCGGCACACGCCCAGCCCCGCACCGCUGCUGAAGACGGUGGCCCGCAGAGGCCACGUGUUUGCAGGAGGCAAGAUGACACUUUUGGUGCCGCCGUCCUCUGGUGGCGUGCCAGGCCCGCGUGGUGAUGAGGGCCGGCGUGGUAGUGAGGUGCCUGAGAAGAACUGGCUGACGCUGCACUGCGCGCUCUGCUCGUUCCGCACGCUGCACCACGCCGAGAUGGAGGAGCACUACGGCGGGGAGCUGCACAGCAGCAGCCUGGGCCUGCUGCGGGAGGCGCACGCCAGCGACUCGCGGGUCGUCGACUUCCUGCACGAGUGCACCGUUCACAAGAAUCGGCGGAAUGUCCAAACGGCGCCAACAGAUGAACAUCCCUGACGGACGCCUCCCCAUGAAGGACGUGCAGCCGGACCUGUGUCUGCGCCAGGUGUCGCUGUCCCACUGCCUGGCGUGUGACGUGUUCGUGCCGCUCGACCCCAGCUGCGUGCAGGAGCACGUCAAGUCGGAGCGACACAUCGCCCGCAAGGAGGUGCCCUGCCCCUACGCUCGCUCUCUGUUUCUCUCUCUCUGUCUCUCUGUCGUCUGUCCCUUGUUGUUAUUGUUGUUGUUGUUCUUCUUGUUGUUCUUGUUCACACGUGCGUCGUCGUCAGAACGGAAUGGGGGUCAUCGGAACAGGGGGUGGUAGUGAGCGUGUAAGUUCAACGUGCACCUGGCAUGGCACCAGCGCCGUGGUGACGUCACCGCCGCUUCGUGGUGUUGUACGUUUGUGCUGUGUGUGUGCUGUGUGUGUGUGCUGUGUGUGUGUGCUGUGUGUGCU